AAAGUGCAGAUUCUUUCGUAACGGUCUUAAAUCCGUUCCGUUAUAUGCUCUUUUUAAUAGGGUGGAGAGAAGUGAGCGCUUUUUCCCAGGUGACAGCACUCCAUUUUGUAUGUUGCUGUGGUACCCUACGUGAGAUAAUCUGCAAGCAAAACUUCUGAAGUUGUGCUGCUUAAUUUUUAUUUGUUCGUCUUUAAUAAGGGUUAAAAAUCGUUGCAAUCGAAAUUAGAUCGAUUAAACUUCAACUGGUUAAACUUCAAUCCUUAAGACACAUAAGAAAUCAGUUUUAUCUCCGUCUCCAUAGAAGGACUUUCAGGCAUACUGAAAAGUAUGCUUUGUUAAAUUUGUCAAAUUACAGUAAUGUAACAUGUCAUAAAUGCAUUGCAAAGCGUAGUCAUGAAGAAGAUGUUUAUGCCUAUAAAUUAGCAGGUUAAUGCUGCUUGCUGUGGAUUACGUUUCUUAUUUAUGGUCAUUCAGGCUCACUGAACACCUAAUUCAUGCCGUCUGGUGGCUUGCCAUAGUCUGUUUUCUGGAGUGCCACAGUUUAAGUAUUUCUGACCAGUCUGUACUUUUUAUUUGAGAGCUAGAAAUUUGAUCCCAUGAGGGAACAGAGAGACUAUCAAAUGGUACUCAAGCUAUCUUUGCAUGCGAAUAAGCUCUAUUUUUACCUUUCUAAGCAGUUUCUUUGAUAUAGUUCUAACUAGAUGAUUUACCUAAAACGUGUUAGAGCUUCUGAGGUCUUGAACUCCUCUUUAUCCCUGCAGGAGGAUGCUCGUGAUUUGGAUGCCUAUACGUUAGCCAAGUCUUACUUUGAUCUAAAGGAAUAUGACAGGGCCGCAUAUUUUCUGCGGGGCUGCAAGAGUCAGAAGGCUUAUUUCUUGUAUAUGUACUCUAGAUACCUGUCAGGAGAAAAGAAGAAGGAUGAUGAAACAGUGGAUAGUUUGGGACCCCUGGAAAAAGGGCAGGUAAAAAAUGAAGCUCUACGAGAAUUAAGAGUAGAGCUUAGUAAGAAACACAAAGCACGGGAACUGGAUGGAUUCGGCCUUUAUUUGUAUGGUGUUGUGCUGCGGAAGCUGGACUUGGUGAAAGAAGCCAUAGAUGUAUUUGUUGAAGCUGCUCAUGUCUUACCUUUGCACUGGGGAGCCUGGCUGGAACUCUGCAACUUGAUUACAGAUAAAGAGAUGUUGAAGUUCCUGUCCUUACCAGAUACAUGGAUGAAAGAGUUCUUUCUCGCACACAUUUAUACAGAGCUGCAGCUGAUAGAGGAGGCUCUGCAGAAGUAUCAGAGUCUCAUUGAUGCAGGAUUUUCCAAAAGCACUUACAUCAUCUCUCAGAUUGCAGUUGCCUACCACAACAUCCGAGAUAUUGACAAAGCUUUAUCCAUCUUUAACGAGCUAAGGAAACAAGACCCUUACAGAAUAGAAAACAUGGACACUUUCUCCAACUUGCUGUAUGUUAGGAGCAUGAAGCCCGAAUUGAGCUACCUGGCUCACAAUCUCUGUGAGAUAGACAAGUAUCGUGUUGAGACCUGCUGCGUAAUUGGGAAUUAUUAUAGCUUACGCUCCCAGCAUGAAAAAGCAGCACUCUAUUUCCAGAGAGCCUUGAAACUAAAUCCUCGGUAUCUGGGGGCCUGGACACUUAUGGGACAUGAGUAUAUGGAAAUGAAGAACACAUCUGCAGCUAUUCAAGCUUAUAGACAUGCGAUAGAGGUGAACAAAAGGGACUACAGAGCCUGGUAUGGCUUGGGGCAAACCUAUGAAAUCCUCAAAAUGCCAUUUUACUGUCUCUAUUAUUACCGACGGGCCCACCAGCUCAGACCCAAUGAUUCCCGUAUGCUGGUUGCUCUAGGAGAGUGCUAUGAGAAACUGAACCAGUUGGUGGAAGCUAAAAAGUGCUAUUGGAGAGCUUAUGCUGUUGGAGAUGUGGAGAAAAUGGCAUUGGUGAAACUGGCAAAGCUGCAUGAACAGCUGAAUGAAUCUGAACAGGCUGCUCAGUGCUAUAUCAAAUAUAUCCAGGAUAUCUAUUCCUGUGGGGAGAUAGUGGAGCACCUGGAGGUCAGUACUGCCUUCCGUUACCUGGCCCAAUACUACUUCAAGUGUAAGCUCUGGGAUGAAGCCUCAGCCUGCGCUCAGAAAUGCUGUGCGUUCAAUGAUACUAGAGAAGAAGGGAAGGCCCUGCUGCGGCAGAUCUUGCAGCUUCGCAACCAAGGAGAAACCUCGUCUACAGAAAUUGCUGCUCCCUUUUUCCUCCCUGCAUCACUGUCAGCCAACAACACUCCCACGCGUCGUGUGUCUCCACUCAAUCUGUCUUCUGUUACACCAUGAACAAUGCUGAUACCUCUAAACUAACCUGUGCACUGAGUGUGACAAUGCAGUUGGGGCUUGUUCCUGUUACUGCAACUAAUUUCUUUCCAGUGAAAUUUGUUCAUUCAGUGCUGCCUUCACUUGGAAGGUAGGAAUUAUUAGAGCCUGCAGCUGAAGGCAGGUGUGCCCAAACAGGCAAAGGUGCAGCCUACAUGAAAGUGCCUAUGCUGAGAUGUCAGAAUCUGCUGUACUUCUCACCGAGUCAUUCCAGUCAGAGGGCAGACCUGUUUCAAUACACAGGAUUACUCAUAACUGAGGGUGGGGGAGGAGCUUGUCUGCUUGAGUUAAAACAUGUUUGAAGUUUGUUAAUUCUGCCCUGUUACCUCUGGCUUUAUUGAACUUUUUUGGAGGACCUCUUAGUGGUAUUACUGCGGCCUACAUCAGAAACUGUUACCUGCCUUGGCUGCUUAUGGACUUUUUACCGAUCUUCAACUACGUGGAAGAUGUUCCACUAAAACAGUAUUGGGCACUUAGAUCUGUGCUGUACUGUGUGAGGGGAAAACAGAAUUUAGAGCUGGGAAGUGUCAGAGGAAUUUCAAGUAGCCACAGAUGACAGCUGGUUGUUGUUCAAUUUGUGGUUCUAACAGAUAUUUUGACUUUGGAUAGAAAAGCAGCCAGUAGAAUAGUAUAAUUAAAAAAAACGUUGAUUAAGUUACUGUCCUGGGGCUUCUUCAUGGUGCAACUAUCAUGUGUACUGUAGCAAAUGACAUUGGGUGAACUGGGAUGGAUUGUUUUGUUAUGGAUUGUUAGAUCUGGUAGACUGUAGGAUGCAGGGGAUUCUUCCCCUCUGAGUCUGCUGGGUGCAAGAUGUUCCCACGUCCAGCCGAUAUUGAAGCUGAGUGUGAGUUCCAAAGAUGCACGCGUGCACCCACACACUGCAGACAUGGCCAUAAACAGAUUAACACAGACAAGAGGACAGUGCCUUUACAAGCACUCAGAUAAAAUAUAAACCACAGAAAUGGCCUAAUCCUGUUCCUGCUUGCUGACUAAUCACGCUUGAAAUUUGCUAGUGGAACAUGCAAACGCCCUCAGUGGCUUAGUUCUCAUCACAGAAUCACAGAAUGGUUGAGGUUGGAAGGGACCUCUGGAGAUCAUCUAGUCCAGUCCCCCUUGCUCAA